AUGGCGCCUCCGUCGAAUUCUCAAUGGGCCGACGCCGAGAGAGAGAUUGAAGAAACCCCUUUGCUCAAAGAUUCCAAAGAUCACCAAUCUCACAUUCUCCCGCGGAAGCAACUCCUUGUUAUAUUUCCCGCCCUGGCUCUGAUCCAUUUUACCUCGUUUCUGGAUCAAACAGCGCUAUCGACUUCCUUGCCUGCCAUCGCAGCCGGCCUAAACACCGGCUCGUCCAUCUCAUGGGUCAGUGCCAGUUUCCUCACGACGAGUACCAGCAUCCAGCUGAUCAACGGCCGGCUGUCCGACAUCUUCGGUCGCAAAACAUGCCUCCUGGGUGCGUUGACAAUCAUGGCGCUGGGCAACCUGCUGGGCGGGUGGUCCCAGACACCCGCGCAAUUGUAUGCAACUCGAGCGUUGAGCGGCCUCGGCGCCGGCGCUCUCAAUGCGUUAGUGCAAAUCGCCAUUUCUGAUAUCACGACCCUGGCGCAACGCGGAUACUAUUUUGGCAUUCUGGGCGUUGCAGUGGCGCUGGGGAAUGGGCUUGGGCCGGUCGUGGGCGGCGUGCUCACGGAGAAAGCUUCCUGGCGCUGGGCAUUUUGGUUCGUGUGUCCGCUGGCCGUGGCGGCAGCCACAUAUUUCGGUCUUGUGUUCCCAUCGUCCGGCAUGUCCGACGAUGUCCGGACGAAGCUGCGCAGAGUGGAUUGGUUCGGGGUUUUCACGAGCAUGAUGGCCAUUGUGCUGAUCCUGAUCCCUGUCUCGCAGGGGGGCACCGCGAUUCCAUGGGACUCCCCUAUCAUCAUUGCGAUGCUCACGCUCGGAGCGGCGCUCUUCGGGCUCUUUCUGAUCGGAGAGUGGCGAUGGGUCGAACUGCCGCUUUUGCCCAUGCGCGUAUUCAAGUAUAACUACUCCACGAACAUCCUGCUGUUCGCGAACAUCGUCAUCGGCUGGGUCUUCUGGGGCAAUCUCUUCUAUAUCCCGCUGUACUUCCAGAACGUCCGCGGAUGGAGCCCGGGGACAUCUGGUUCCUUGAUCCUGCCGAUGGUGAUUGCGCACGGCAUCACCUCGGGGCUGAGCGGGCUCAUCAUCUCGUGGACAGGUAGGUACAAGGUCGUCAUCAGCACCGGCGUUGGCAUGUGGAUGCUGGCAGCAGCGGCCAAGUCGUUCUACACACGGCAGACCGCACUGUGGAUUCUGGAGCUAGGAGGGAUCUUUGAAGGCAUCGGGGUGGGAUGCUCCUUUCAGCCCGUCAUGGUCGGCCUCCUCGCGGGGUCCGACAAAAGCGACCGUGCCGUGGUAACAGGGUUCCGCAACUUCAUCCGCGACAUGGGCGGCUCUAUCGGCGUAACAGUAUCCGGGGCGAUCCUCAACAACGUCCUCCACAAUGAUCUCAAGGGACGGUUCAGCGACGCCCUCAUUUCCAAGAUCACGUCUUCCGCCUUCGCCUCGCGCGAUCUCAACCUCACUGAUGAGGACUGGGAGUUGAUCUCUGAUGCAUACAUGCACGGACUACGGGCUGUCUUUAGCGUGUUUGCGGUCUUGAUCUUGCUGUUUUUCGCGCUGAUAUUGUGCAUCAAGGAUUAUGGACUAGCUGGCAGAGCGUGCGUUGAGAGCGAGGAACAUGCUGACGAGGAGAUAUACCCUGAGUACACUGAUUAG